ACAAGACCAAUACGAGACCUGUGUCCCCAAUCCACGUUUCUCCGCGGAGCAUGUGGACAAAGUUUAUAGCAUGUGCUGCACUUACUUCUGUUACGCCGGAAAGUCUAGGAAUAGUCCAGGAAGAAUAAAACCUACAGAGUCGAUGCUGAACUUCCCAGCGCAGCAUCUGCCCCACUCAAAUUGCAGUCUUGACUAUGUCGACUCCCUCUGGUUAUAGCCAUCAGUCGACGCGGACUGACGCACCCACAGAGCACUCAUUUUCACUAGAACGCCACGGCCGAAAGUGGGCGUUCCUGCACAUCAAAAAUCGGUCAACAACCUCUUCUGCGCCUGUCUUCCAUGAUAACGCCAGUAUUUCUGGUCGAGUUGAAGUAGAUUUGGUUAUACCUGAAACUUUCAAGGGGAUAUCCAUCGCGAUCCACGCAGGAACUACGGCGGUCGGUCAAGAAGAGGCUGUUUUCUUGCAGCUGAGUCAGGAUUUGUGGUCUCCGCCUAACAAAUCAUCAACUCAAUUGGAUGGGAAACAUUCCUGGCCGUUUGAACUUACACUACCAUCUCAAGUCUCCGUGACGGAGUCGAAAGCGCACGCGGGGACAUAUUACCUACCCCCAAAUUUUUCCGAGCGAGCAAGUCCUGUCUACAUCGAUUAUAAAUUCGUUGUGACAUUUCGGCGGGGUAGGUUUAAGCCUAAUCAAACGCUUUCGCCAUACUUUGCUUACGUUCCUUUGCGCUUUGCCCAGCCCCCUUCACCGCUUCGACAGCUGGCUUUGAGGGAAGGUUCGCCGCUACCAAGUCCCAGCAUUGAUCCCGAGGGCUGGCAGACUUCAGAGCCGAUCAAAAUAUCCGGAGUUUUGUUUAAUACCAAAAGGGUCGAAGUACGAUGUAUACUGUCCAUUGCAAAACCGCUCAGCUACGCAGUUAGAUCACCGAUCCCACUUCUAAUCACAUUUGAAUGCAACGACAGACAAGCGCUUGACCUUCUGGCCAAUCCGACAGCAACGCGACUAUUUCUGGUCCGAUCAAUUGCGACGGGCCCCAACGCUACGGAUGAAGAUACUCCAAAGCGUAGCAAUAACUUGUUUCUAGAGGGCGUAGGUCAGGCGGUCUUUUGGCCCUCAUCGAUUCCAGGCUCAACCGAAGGAACGAGGUCUCUGCAAGGGGAACUAAAUCUCAAGUCUUCGUUGAAACCCACGUUCGUAUUCCCAAGAAUUAGUAUCAGUUACUCGUUGGAUUUGCUUCCAUUUGAACCACCUGGGUUCAGUCCCUCGACUAAAGAAGGUGCUAUAUUAUUGUCCCAAAGGGUAGAAAUUGUCACCAGGCCAGCACCUGGGGUGAUAACGCGGUCUUAUGCACCGCCAGGUUAUGAGGGUCCCGACGGCGGAGACUAUAACAGAGCGAUUGGAUUCUUGGAGAACGGCAAUCAGCGCUUUUACCGCCACCAUGGGGUUUGACGUACCAUCAUGACCAGUUACACAUAGUCAUCUAAGAAUCGUCCAUGGUCAUUAACAAUAAGGACUCGAAGUAUUCGUCCCCCUUUGGAGUAUUC